AUGCCCGAGUUUGGGAUGAGCGAUUCGUCGUACUUUGACGCUCCAGACGUGAGUCUGGAGCAUGCGACUUUUUCCCAUCUCACUGUUGUUGAGUUGGAUGCCCUUAAUCGCCUCGCGGCAAUAUCUAAAGAGGCAUUCGUUGUUUCGCUGAUGAAAUCAGCGACAUCUGAUGGACAGCGUCUCGCCAUACACGACUUCACGGCCCACGAGCUCGCCGAAUCCAAUCGGCAUGGUCUAACUCCAUCGAGAACUUCACGGAACUAUGCCGUGAAGAUGGAGACCUCCGUCUACUCUACCGAAGGCAAAGAACGCUUGUCGCUGUCGCGUUGGUUCAAAGAGGUUGACAUCGCUAUCGCAUCUAGAAAAUUCGAGGCUCCUCAAGCAAAGGUUAACUUCCUCCUUUCCCGUCUUACUGGGAAAUCCAAUGAGUGGGCUUUUGGGUAA